AUGUCUGCUUCUACCAACUUGUUAGAUACCCCCAGCACCUCAACUGCAACCAACGGCAAAGCACCGACUCAGAGCGGACCUCUGUCAACCGACGUAGGCUUCCGUCCAUCGAACAAUGGGAUCGUGAAAGUGCAGCCAGCGCGUCUGGAGGAUUUGCAGCCCAGCUAUGCGCAGGUCCUCAGACAUCCCGAUGGCGAUGCCACUGUCCACGGAUGGUAUGCGUCGAUGAUCCACACUCUGGGUGAAACGAUCGGUUUCCUUGGUGCCAUCCCUUGUUGCUUCUGCUGUCCCAACCCUUUCAAACCCAUCGAACAGGGUGAAGUUGGCUUGGUUACGCGAUUUGGUCGCUUCGAACGUGCCGUUGACCCGGGUCUCGUCAAGGUCAAUCCUCUCAGCGAACAUUUGACAACGGUCGACGUGAAGAUCCAAAUCGUCGAGGUUCCCCGACAGGUCUGCAUGACCAAGGAUAAUGUCACCUUGAACCUGACCUCCGUGAUCUACUACCACAUCACCUCCCCACAUAAGGCUGCCUUUGGUAUCACAAACAUUCGCCAGGCGCUCGUUGAACGGACACAGACAACGCUUCGUCACGUUGUGGGAGCUCGUGUAUUGCAGGAUGUCAUCGAGCGCCGCGAGGAGGUUGCUCAGUCGAUUGGGGAGAUCAUCGAAGAAGUUGCUGCCGGCUGGGGUGUUCAGGUUGAAUCUAUGUUGAUCAAGGAUAUCAUCUUCAGCAACGAACUGCAGGAGUCCCUGUCAAUGGCUGCGCAAUCUAAGCGUAUUGGAGAAAGUAAAGUGAUCGCCGCCCGCGCAGAGGUGGAAUCAGCCAAGCUUAUGAGAACCGCCGCCAACAUCCUCUCCUCUGCCCCCGCCAUGCAAAUCAGAUAUCUUGAAACAAUGCAGGCAAUGGCCAAGACUGCCAACAGCAAAGUCAUCUUCCUACCAGCUAUCAACCAGACCGUCCAAGACCAACUCAGAGCCGCUGACGCGGUCGGCGAAGGCCCGAGCCAAUAUGGCCAGUCAAUCGAAACAGACACUGACGGGUUUCAACAGGCAAUGAAGGCCCACAUUGUCGAGGAUAUCUAA